CAACUCUUCCAAUCUACCAUUUUUCUUCGCAUACUCGAAGUUUUAUCUUGUUUACGAUUAUAUUGCCGCUCGCUCAAUUGAAUUAAAUUAAUUUGUUGGCCACGAACAAAUUAAAGUCCUAAUUAAUUUUUUUAUUUGUUUAUUUAAGUUUUGUGUGGUUUUGUUUAGUGUUUAUUUUAAUCGAAAUAAUGCGGAUUCAUUAACUUUGAAUUUUGUGCCUAUGGAAAUGCAAAAGGAAAAAGACUCCAAAAACUGAAAAGUAGUGGCAAAUGUAACGAUAAAGAAGCGUACGAAGAGUGAAGAAAGUUACUUUGAUUUUGUACUUUUCGUUAAAAUAACCGAAAGCGUGCUUGAGAAUUUUGUGUAUUGUGCCUUCAACGUUUUUCUACCAACAAAUAAAUACAAAAUUAAAUUAUUCUUCAAUUACAAAUGCAGAAAAUGCCUUCACAAAUCAUUCCGGACGGCACCAACGCCAACAGUGCCACCAAUGAGAUCAAAGUGAAAACUGCCUACAAUGGCGAAAUUAUGAUUACCUACAUAGAUGAAAAUAUCACUUAUGAAAAUUUAUGCCAUGAAAUACGCGGUAUAUGCCGAUUCCCAUCGGAUCAACCUUUCACCAUAAAAUGGGUGGACGAAGAAAACGAUCCCUGUACGAUAACUACUCAAAUGGAAUUAGACGAGGCAAUACGCUUGUAUGAAAUAAAUCGUGAUUCGGAACUUGUUAUACAUGGCUGCUGCAAAAAGUUAUUAAAAAAAAAAAUAUUUAUUACAAAAACCAAACCAAAACAGUGCUAAAAAGUGAAAAGUUAUAUUGAAAAUAAAAAAAAUAAAUUAAAAAAACAUCAACAUAAAAACACAUCGAGCGUACUGCUGUGUAUCCCCACAUUAGCUUUUGUACAAACAACUACCCAACUAACAACUAAAAAGUCCGCCCCUCACAUCCUACAACAUCAGUGCGCAUUGUACAACACAACAUGGCUUGGGGUUAUUGGAGUGCCACAACAGUGGAUCGUGGCCGUUCACCGCGCCGUAAUACACAAUGUACACCACUACCGGUGAAUUUAAUGCAACAAGAGGAGGACAACGGCUGUAACAAUGCACAAAAUACUGCAGUUGCGGCAGCGGCUUCUGCUGCAGCAUCAGCAAAUAAUUCCAAUACUGGCAAUGGUACCGGUCCCAGUGGCAAUUCGAAUACUUGCCCGAAUACACCAUCCGGCACGCAAGCAAAUCUCUGCUACAGUCCAACAUGUCGCAGUCGCUGCAGUAGCCCCUGUCCGGGUAGUCCAUGUCCGGGCAGUCCAUGCGGUUCGAUAACACCACCGCCGCCGCCUCAACUCACCUCAUCGCAACAGCAUUUGCAUCAGCAUUCGAAUAAGAAUUGUCCAGCCGCACAGCAGAUACUCAAUUUGGAUGAUUAUCCGUCGCGCCGACAAUCGUUGGACCGACUCGAUAGUCCACAGUCGAAAUAUUUCGGUCUACAGGCUAAUCAGCUGUCGGAUAUUUUGUGUCGCGGAGCUGUCGUGUCAUCGAUACAAUCGGCAAAUAAUACGCUGACGCGUGGCGUAUCGCUGCACAGCCGAAGCGGUAGCGCUCAUGGUAGCAUUCAUGGUGGUAGCCAUCACAGCAGCUACGGUGGUGGCGGAACGGGUAGUGCGCACGGCUCAAUGGGUUGUCUGCAAGGCAGUAUGGGACAUUUGAUGGGCGCUGGUGGUAUCGGCGGCGGCGGCGGUGGAGGCGGUGGCACAAGCACUAGCGGCAGUGUCGGCAUGUUGUCGGGCGCAAUCGACACGGGCGACUAUGAUGUACCACAUCCGCAUCCAUAUACGCAUCAUUAUAUGCAGACAUCUACAUCGAUUACGCCGCCCCAUUCGACAAUGAGUUUGAUCGGUUCACGACCCGGUUCGGCUGGCGCUUGUCCGGGUCAUGAUUCGGGCUCAGACUCAAGUCAAGGCUGCGUCUCCACAAUGGGUGCCGGUGGCGGCAUGGGCGUUAGCGGUGGCAUCGUCGGUGGAGGUAUGAGCGCUGGCAGCACCCAUGGUAGCCACAUGUCGACGCAUAUGAUCGGUGGUGGUGGUGGUGUUGGUGGCGUUGGCGUUAACGUUGCCAUGGGCAUGGGCAUGAUUGGUCAUCAUAGCGGUGGCAGCGGUUCAUUGGGACGUUGUUCCAGUCGUUGCCAUAGUACAAUGAAUGCAACAACAACUACCACCACCACUGAUGAUUCGGGCGGUGGCAGCGGCGGUAGUGGUGGCAGUGUUUUCGUCGGCAGCUGUCGCAUGGGCCCAUCCAGUGGCGGUGGUAUGGGCGGCAUGGGUGGGGCAGGUGUUGGCAUUAACGUUGGUAUGGGCAUGAUUGGCGGCAUGGUGGAGGCUACACAUCGCGGCAGUCUGCAUGGCAGCGAAGGCAGUGGCUUGAAUGUUUGCGGUAUGGGCGGCAGCGGUGGCAGUGGUGGUAGUGGUGGCGGACGCAGUAGUACACUCGGCACCAUACACAAUGGGCAUCAUCAUCAUCAGUAUCACCAUGAAUGCAUACACUAUGAGCGUCUACCUAUACCUGUUCCUAUACCGACUGUGCCAACACAACAACAACAGCAGCAACACUUGCAUUCGGAGGAGGAAAUCGAACCGGCCUAUGCAACAGUAUUUCCUAAUGUACCUUCUGCACCUGGCAUGUCCUGUGAUGGAGAAGAUCGCAGCAUCUACAGACGUGGCGCACGCAGAUGGCGCAAACUAUAUCGCGUUAAUGGACACAUUUUCCAAGCCAAACGCUUCAACCGGCGCGCCUUCUGCGCCUAUUGUCAGGAUCGCAUCUGGGGCUUGGGACGGCAAGGUUUCAAGUGCAUUCAAUGCAAAUUGUUGGUGCACAAAAAAUGCCAUAAACUCGUACAGAAGCACUGCACCAACGAACAUGUGGAACCGUUAGUUCGAGAACGUGAUGAUGCUUUUGCCGAACAGUUGCCGGAAGUGUUGCCACCAUUGCCCGAUUAUGCGUCACAAGCGAGUGGCAGCGGUCAUGGCAUGGUGGAUCCAUGUGAUCCGCUGGCUGCGUUAGAAAUACAACCGCACGAUGGACAACUACAACAACAGCAACAACAUCAGAAUAUCGAAGAGCAAUUGGAGCCGGGCACACAACGGCAAUAUUCAAUUAACGAUUUCGAAUUGAUACGCGUGAUUGGACGCGGCAGCUAUGCCAAGGUGUUGAUGGUCGAGCUAAAGAACACCGGCCGUAUUUAUGCGAUGAAAGUGAUUAAGAAAGCGCUCGUAACCGACGACGAAGAUAUCGAUUGGGUGCAAACGGAGAAGCAUGUCUUCGAGACAGCCUCCAAUCAUCCGUUCUUGGUGGGCUUGCAUUCGUGCUUCCAGACACCGGCGCGUCUCUUUUUCGUCAUUGAAUUCGUACGUGGCGGCGAUCUUAUGUUCCACAUGCAACGACAACGUCGUCUGCCCGAAGAGCAUGCACGCUUCUAUGCGGCGGAAAUUAGUCUGGCACUGAACUUUUUGCAUGAGAAAGGUAUUAUAUAUCGCGAUUUGAAGUUGGACAAUGUGCUGUUGGAUCAUGAGGGUCACAUUAAGUUGACCGAUUAUGGCAUGUGCAAGGAGGGUAUACGUCCCGGCGACACGACCUCCACAUUCUGUGGCACACCCAAUUAUAUUGCGCCAGAGAUAUUGCGCGGCGAAGACUAUGGUUUCUCAGUGGAUUGGUGGGCGUUGGGCGUGUUACUGUACGAGAUGUUGGCCGGUCGCAGUCCAUUCGAUAUUGCGGGCGCAUCGGAGAAUCCCGAUCAAAACACUGAAGAUUAUCUAUUCCAAGUGAUUUUGGAAAAGACCAUACGUAUACCGCGUUCGUUGAGCGUCAAGGCAGCGUCUGUAUUGAAAGGUUUCCUUAACAAAAAUCCAGCUGAUCGUUUGGGUUGUCAUCGCGAGUCCGCUUUCAUGGACAUCGUGAAUCAUCCGUUCUUCAAGAGCAUCGACUGGGAAAUGAUCGCACAAAAGGAAGUACAACCACCAUAUAAGCCAACAUUUGAUCCUGGCGAUCCAUAUAUGGCAACAAAUUUUGACGCGCAAUUUACUAGAGAAACAGCCGAAUUGACGCCAGAUGAUUCUCGUGUCAUUGACAAGAUAGAUCAAUCGGAAUUCGAAGGAUUCGAGUAUGUGAAUCCGCUGCUGAUGUCGCUGGAGGACUGCGUCUGACACCACGAGUCAUGUGAUUUGCAUCCCUAUAAUAUGCGUUUGUAUGGCGAGGACUCCAGUGAUUAUGACUCUGUAGCUGAUGAUUUAAGUAUUUUACAAUUGCACGCA